AUGAGGCGCCAGACCCCUGGGACCGUUGCUUCGCAGGCAGCGCGCUGUUUUGCGCGUACGGCCGUUGCCGAUGGUCUGACUCGCAGCACUUGGAUGAUAUCGAACUUGAAUAUGAAGAGGGCUCUGAUUCCCCUUGCAUACGUAGGAGGUGUCAUCGACAUUCACAAAACAAUGAACCUGCAGGGUCAGCUGCCCCGUGUUCUUGAAAUCAUUGCACCGGCGCAAGGAAUCUAUGAAGGUGACUGGGCCCUGAAGUGGCUCGCUGCACAUGCGGAGGUAGGCUGUGCCUGGUCGCAGGGCCACCCGACCAUGCCUGCACCCAAUCAUCUGGGUGAGCCCACUGUCAGGGCUCUGGGCAGUGACGAGUGUGGUGCCUGGCUCAGGGCUCUUGCCGACGAGGCUGGACAUGAGAACAUCGCACUCUCUGAAGGCAACGUUCUUGAGUUAUUGGCACUCCCAUGGAGCGAAGAGUGCCGAUACCUAUGCGAGGGAUGCCCUUGCUCGCCCGUUAAGGUUGCUUCAAGGUGUCAUCAGAGAGAUCAGUAUGGGCGUCUUCAUUCCGGAUGCCAACCGUGCUAUGCGAUCAAGGACAGUAUCCCUCUCGCAUGUAUGCCGAUUGCAUACUUCAUGGAUACGGGAUCUCUAGUGUUCAACACGGCCUUCAAAUACAUCGGAGGCCCGAAGUUUGGCACUGGACCCAAGAGGGGAGACCACAGACGAGAAACGUGGCCACUCGCUAGCUUCGACUGCCCCAUGUGCGGAGCUUCAUUCCCUGUUGGUCUCCACAUGUGUCACUCUUGCACUAAGCCGAUUCACUAUCCUGAUGGGAUGUUCUACGCCGAUCCUGUGAACCCCUUCCAGGUCGAAUAUUACGGAAGUCAUGCUGAGUGGCUCAAUGAUCUGAUCGAGCGUAACAAGCUUACCGAAUUCCAGCUUCACGAGUUUCCUGCGAUCAAGCAGCUGAGGAAUUUCCCGGUGUCUAGGUCUCUCGCUGAGGACCAUAGGCAGACCGCAUUCUUCGGAGUGCCACCGAUCAAAUGCACCGCUGCUGACACAUCGCCGAAGGAAGUGGAACUGUUCAAGAGAAGCGUGCGCGGUACGAUUCAGGGCGCCAUUCGCUUGGACAUUUCCAUUGAGAGGCUUGUUGCCGGUAUCACUGGCAAGGAAGCUCGAUGUGGAGUAGAAGACUUCUUCAACUCACAGUCGAUCGCAUGUGCUGCCACGAUUGUCAAGCACUUUGGAGCGGUCUUCGCCACAUGUCGCGAAAAGCCGUUGUGCUACUAUGCACGUUGGUCGAUUCACUGCCAGCGCGCAUAUCGAGUCUGCCUGUCGCGAGGGUAUCUAUCCCCCUUUUACACAGGUGUGACGGUCGAUUAUACCGUCGACCAAGAGAUGGCAGAAAAGAUCCGACUUGCUCAUCUGCCCUUGCAAAACGCCAAUUUGGCGAUGAGGCGGCACAUUCGACUCUCCACCGAGUUUGGAACGUUGGAUGAAUUCCGUGCCACUAUCACGGAUACGCAAAAGUAUCAACGGUACAUGCGUGUCGACAGUGAGAGCCUUUCCGCGCUCCUGGCCAAGGUUACCCUUACCACAUGCUACGGCAUUCCGACAAAAGGUGAGCCUGGCUAUAUCUCUGACGAUGAAGCAGAAGAGAUCGAAGGAGCCGCAGCGGCAAGCGAGAAGCCCAAAGGGAAAAGCAAAGGGGAAGACGAAUCCAACGGGAAUACGGCACUCCUUGAUGCAGCCGAAACGCCGGAAGAGACGCGUAAGGAAUUCAAGGAGUUCGUUCGCGAUCACUCUAUCAAGAUCAAAGAAUGCUUUGACGACGAUCGUGCGACAGAGAAGACAUUCUUCAAUCUUGUUGAAGGAGUCAAGGAUCAGCUUCCCGAUGCAAAUAGCACUGACCCGCUUCUGAUGAAAAGGGCUGAGGACGUCUUCGAGGCUCUCCCCGAUGAACUGGAUGAUCCUCCAAGAGUGUUCGAUGUUGCGGCUCGCCAGGCACGACGGCGAGACCCUGCACCUCAGCGCAGGGUGCAGGUCACUGAGCAAAGACAAGCGCCGAUCCCCGAGGCUCAUGCCGUUCCCAUUCCUACGGAUGACGAGGAUGAGGAUGAUACUGAGCUCGAUCGAGCGGUACGACCCGAUCCAACAUCACAGCGCACCGGACGAGAGCAUCUCGGAGGUGUCGCUCCCGAGACGACUCCGCCACCGCCUCAUAACAUGCCGCCGCCAUCAAGUUUGCCGACUCGAAAAUCACAUCGGCAAACAGGCUACAGCGCCGCCCAUCCUGAUGGAGAACCGUUAAUGGUGUCGGGGAGGGCAGAAUACUCCGAUCGAAUGCGAUUGCCCUCAGUGUUGCGAAUGAAGACUCGGGUUCCGGAGUCGGAUCUGGAUAACCCGACGAAGAAAGCCGCAGCCGUCAUCAUCGCGAUGGGCGCAAAUCCCGAUGACGAUAUUAAUAUGAGGGCGGCUGGCGUUACUGUUCCCCAUACCGGGAAUACGGGGACGGGGCGAGCAGCAUCGCCUGGAAGUACGUCCGCUGCUACACAGGAGCGGAUUAAUCCCCAGUUCCCGGCACCUAGCGUUCGCACUGCGUCGAAUCCGCCAUCGAAAUUGCCUCGCGAUGAAAAGUGGGCUCCCUCGAUUGCGCGACCAGCGCCGGCUCAGGUGAUCAAAAGUGCAGAAGCACGCACGCAACAGCGUGCUGCUGAAGAAACGAAUGUUGCUCCGCCAGCUCCUUCCGAUACUGCCUCUUCGGAGCCGCGAUCUCGAACGAUGGGCCCAGCCAAAGAGACCACGGCUAAGGGCAAAUCCCGAACCGGAUCCAACGUGACAGGCCUCAUCGAUGAAGCUGAUGACACGAGGACUUGGCUGUGGGAAAAGGCUCCUUGCGCGGCCAUGGACGGUGGCUACUUCUCGUCAGUGGCUGCUUCGCACAACGAUCCCUCGACCAUCCGAUGGCCUCUGCUCGAGAUGGGCCAGGAGCCUCACUCUCUUGAAGAGGAGUGUCAGCCUUCCGAGUUCGCUCUGAGUGAGCCCAUUGAUCGAGAGCCCGAGGACUCUUGGGACGUGUGCAGUGUCCCUUCAGGUGAUCUUGUCACGAACCUUGCAAAGGAAACACCUUCUUCAAGCCUUGGACCGAAGGGAGAACCCGCGCCUGCCACAACACCUCAACAGAGGGCGUUGGCCUUGGGAGCUUCUCUCUUGUCGCUUGGGGAUCCGGUUCCAUCCUUUGCCUGGGAGUCUGGGUUUUGGGAAAGUUUCUUUGACGACAAGCCCGCAGUAGACAGGAUGGUCCCGGCGCUCAAAUUUCACAGACCAUCUUUCGCAGGUUCGAUAGAAGAGCCGACGCCACCGCAGGCUGAGGUCCAGGCCUCUGCUAAGAGGCCCCGCAAAGAGGGCCCUUCGUCUUUCUUGGAAGUUGUCAAGAAUAGGAGUGUGAUCUCUUGGAGGGACAAACGUGAAGCAGAGCAUCGCAGAGCGUUGUGCAAGUGGUCGUGCAUCUUUGACAAACUUGAUUCUGAGUCUGACCCUGUCAUUAAAACCAUUGCUUCUUUGCCCGAGACGGAGAAGCUCAACACGCUUGACGAUUACAUGGCAAGAAAGGCUCCUAGCACUUUGACAAAAAGGGCUAACUCGAUUCUGAAAAUUAUCAAGGUUGGCGAAGCCAAAGGGUUGAGGUUCCCAGUGAGUGAGCCGCAGCUUUACGAGCUUCUGCAAGAGGCAAAGACGGGUGGAGCUCUCCCGUCUCAGCUCAGAGGGGUCAUGGAAGGGCUACUCUUCGCUCGACAUGUGUUCGAUAUUGCGGCGUUCAGCCAAAUAGCGAUUAGCAGGCGCUGCUGGGGAGUUGGGGCCUCUCGCAUUGCAAAGACUCCUUCAAAGGCCGCGCCAUUGAGAGUGAUCGACCUGGUGGCAUUGCAUCAGGUCCUUGAUUCGAGGUCUAACCCAUGGGACCGCCUCUUCGCCGGCUGUGCACUGUUUUGUGUGUACUCACGAUCCAGAUGGAGUGAUGCACAGCACGUUGAUUCCUUCAAUUUUGACAAAGGUCCUGACAGCCUGAAGGUUUACUAUCUUGAGGCAGUCAUAGACAUCCACAAGAACAUGAACCGGCGCGGGAGGAGCCCAGUGCCUCUCGAGCUUGUUGCGCCGGGCUUGGGGGUGUCUUCAGAGGGUUGGAUUGAGAAAUUCCUUGACGCAAGAACCGCUUUGGGCCUGUCUGCCGAACAUGCCUUCAUGCCUGCUCCUGAUGCCAGUGGAGUCCCGACCAUUAGGGCAUUAGAUUCUGAUGAGUGUGGGGAGUGGUUGCUCAGACUCCUGCCAGACAGGCAGGGCCUUAAGACAACAUCACACAGCCUUAAAAGGACCAUGCUCAGCUACUGCGCCAAAUGGGGAAUUAGCCACGACGAUCGCUUGGCGAUGGGAGGUCAUAGCCACCCAGGACGCAUGAGUGACGAGUACGCAGAUGACGCAAUGGCUAGGCCUUUGAGACUCAUUGAGAUGGUGAUCAAGGCGAUCCGAACAGGUCGGUUUCAUCCAGACUCCACCAGGGCUGGACGUUUCGAGGGAGGAGAGCCCACUUCUGAUCCUGCCGCUCCUCUUCAGGAAGAGCCUGAGCGGGUGCCGCCCGCGAGUCUCGCCGCGCAUGAAGCUCAGACCAGUGAGAUAGAUCGAAUGUUGGAACACAGUUCGAGUGACGAGCACAGUCUUGGUGCUGCACCGUCAUUGCCGGGUACCGAGAACAAGCCACUCCCGAAGCAAUCACUUGUAGAAGACGAAAGGCCUGUAGCCGAAGAGGCUGGAAGUGGGCUUCCGACAGACAGUUCAUCCUCAGACUCAUCCAGCGCGAACUCGAGUGCCAGCGCGCCGGAGCCCUCAGUGCGGCCUGUUCGACUUUUGCCUCCGCCAGUGCCUGCAGAUGGCUGCAGGUUCGUUCAGCAUGCUAGGUUCAAGACUUUGCAUCUGCAGAGGUUGCGACACGUCAACAUGACCUUGUGUGGUAGACUCGUGAAGUCCCCGAUCGGAGAACCGGGAAUUUUGAGAUACGACACCCCGGUUUGUCGGGCGUGCAAGAAAGUAGAAGCCAUGGCUCUUGUGGAUUCACACGCCUCCUUCCGGAGCAGAUGUGUGGAGAUGUGCGGGGGAGACGAGAUGUACCGGAAGCUCGCGGGGAAGGAGAUCAAAUCCUUCUCAGACCUGGCCUUCGCGUGCGGAACCCCGCAGGCUCCUCCGAGUGUCGACGAGUUCCGGGCGUUCAGUGAGGAAAUCCUGGGCCUUGGAGCUCGCUUGGGCGAAACUUCGAAGCUCACUCGCCUGCACUUCGAAGCAGCGACAUACGUCAUCGCUCAGUUGAAGCAACAGGUGGUAGGUGACACCACCGAUGAGCCCAAGCGCCUUCCCUUGGCGGAAAAAGAAGCUCGUUACAGAGAACAGCGGCUACGGCUUUCAGGAUUGGUGAUCCAGGGCGAGCUGCUUCCAUCGCAUGCACUGGUGGAUGCGGUGGCCCACAUGUCCGAGACCAACUGCUUGACAUGGUUAUCUCCCAGCAAAUGUACGAAGCGUGAUCAAGAAUUGAAGAUUGGGCCUAAAGAAAAGUCCAGGAUCCUGACCGUGCUGGAUAACUCAGUGACCGUCACGGCCCAGCCAGACAAGCUCAUCGCAGAUCACAGCACACCGCUCCAGCUGCAAUGGUGCUUGCAGCGACGUGGCCUGGCCUUCGACAUGAAUCGCAUUAUCUCCUGGGAGACUCAUGAGAAAUGGGUUUGCUACUUGCUGCAGUGCUUGACCUCUGACUCCAUCCCAGGAUACAGUCAUGUCACUGUCGCCCAGGUCGUUAAAGCCGAUUCUGAGAUGUUCCUGUUGAUGUCCAAGGAAAUCAAGAACGUCAAGGCAAGCGCAACAGGUGAGAUGGAGGCAGACACUCUGUUAGAUCGCUUGAGAACGGACCCACGAAUUACGAUGCAUUUGCUUCCAUUGCCCAAAGCCCUCAGCAGCCUUGCGACUGAUGCGGUCGUCGAUGGAUCUCUUGAUGGGGAUAAGAACCCCAGGAAAAAGCCGCGCCGUGAGCGCCGCACAUCCGCACUCACAGCUGCGGUGAAGGUGGACAACAUGCCCAAAGAGCUCAAAGACUGCAAGUUCUAUACUGAUCAGUCAGGCCGCCGGCUUUGCUGGACCCACAACACCGGGACUUGUAAUGCUGCAACAGAUGGAGGACACCCGCCAGCAUGCAAGCGCGGAGUGCACGCGGGAAAGGCGGAGGAAAAGGAUCCGGGAAGGCUGACGGGAAGGCCGACAAAGAAUCGAACUGAGACUCCUUGCUAUGACCCGCCACACUUCUUUGGAUAUCGUGAGCCCCAAGAUCAAAUCUUGUUGAGCUCUGAAGUGCGCGAAGAGCCGGCUUUGCAGCAUCGUGAUUCUUCCGAGUGCUCGGCCCAAACCUUCGCUGCCGAUCCUGCUCAUGACCAUUUCGAGAUGAGCUGCUUGAAAUUUUUCUUCACUCCGCAUCACGUGUCAGAUCACGGCCAACACCCGGCUGAAGAGUUCGCGAGAAAUUGUCUUCAGCAAGGCUCAGGCGACUCUUCGUCCUGGAUGGAACUCGCGGAGCUCUUGCCCGACGAGGAAUCCUCCCGUGAAACGGCACAAGACCCACUUGAGAAGUGUUUCAUCACCGGUGCUUAUAACCAAGGCGGGAUCACCGGAGUGCGACGUAACUGCCGACAGUUCCCAGCCUGCACCCGUCUGCUGGUUACCCUAGCUAGGAUAGCCUUCCCCGGUUUGACAUUUACAUCUGUUGGCUUUUUCCGCAACAUGCAGACUGCUCUGCAUAAAGACGCCAACAACUUACCAGGAUCUCGCAACGGGAUCUGCGCCCUCAGCUUUUUCGAAGGAGGUCAGUUGCGCCUUCACCGCGCCGAUGGGCCAGUGAACUUAUCACUCAGCGAAGGACCGCUUCAGUUCGACCCCUUUCUCGAGCACGAGACACUGCCUUGGUCUAAUGGUUCUAGGAUAGUCUUGGUUGCCUUUUCGGUGAACUGCCUUGAGCGCCUCACGCCGGAGCAUCGAGCGGUGCUUGCUGCAUUCGACUUUCUUCUGCCGCUUUCUAAGGACCAGUCUGAGGUCGCAUCGCAGGUUUCCCAGGCCGACUCUCGGCCGGCUUCACAAUUACCUCAGACCGAUGAAGAGGCUGGCAUGUUCCUUGAGUUGUUCGCCGGCACCGCCCGAUUGAGUCAGGCAUUCACGCGCUUAGGUUUCCAAGCUCUGGCUUUUGAUAAGGUCUGCAGGUCCAGCCAUCCCGUUCAGGCGCUCGAUUUCGCUGAUCGGUCUGAGUGCGAGGUCGUGCUACAACUAAUCCAGGACCAUGCCUCUUCCUUGCAGUAUGUGCACAUGGCUCCACCUCAGGAAACCUGCUUGGCUGCCCGAAACAAAGAAUCUGCGACUAACCCGGCCCCUCCGGCCCGGUCUGCCGCGCAGCCCUUAGGUUUGGAAGGAUUGCCAGAGUCGUUGCAAAGGCAAGUCACUGAAGCCAACGACCUUUACAUGUUCAGUCAUGAUGUGUUCAUGCUGUGUCGAAAGUUCAAUAUUGUAGUCAGUGUGGAGGCUCCCGCCUCCUCUCUCUUUUGGCUUCUGCCGAUGAUUCAGGACCUCUUGUCCUGUGCCGAUAAUCAGGUCGUGGAUUUUCACGAGUGCAUGCAUGGCGGUGAUCGAGAUCGAAAGCUUCGCUGGCUUUGCUCGGCUCCAUGGUUCAAGCCCUUGGGGCUCUCGUGUAACCGCAUGCACCCGCAUGCGCCCUGGAACGCAGCUUCCGAUACAGGAGCCAAAGGUGCAUAUCCACAUCUCUUGUGCGCUAGGAUCGCCGAGUUGGUUGCUUCUCAGGUCUGCAGUCUUCCUGCUGCCCCAUCUUUGUUCGGGCCGGCCAGCUCCGUCACACGGCUGGCUUAUGAGAAACAACCCCGUAAGCACCGGGCCUUAGUCAGUGAGUUCGGCGCUUAUGAUGCUUGGGCUGUGCCGCUGGGCUUCACUGCCUGUCCGCCCGCCUUGUUGAAAGCGUACCCUAAAGGUGCUCGUGCUGUUCGUCGCAAGCUUUUGCAUUGGGGUCAGAUACGGGCUUGCGUUCUCCCUAGCCUUGAUUUCGCCUUGCUUGAAUCUAAUUUGGGAUCCAACUGGAAAUGGAGUAUGGACUCGCAUGCUCCCCCUCUCGAAGAAGAGGACCAGCCCAUUUGCAAAGUUUGUGGAUUCAUGAGUGACUCGACCUUUGAAGAUUUGUGCGAGGUACUCUGGAUAGGCAUUCCCCGCUCUCCGUCAGACUUCGUGCAGCAAGCAGUGUUGGCGGGCCACCCCAAAAGGAUACUUGAGGCUCAGAUCGAUGAGCGAACCAAGCUCCUUGUAGAUAACCUUUUGACCGGACGCGCAGCCUGCGAGGACCUGGGGAAAUCGCGACUAGCAGAGUGGAACGAAAUCGCUAAGGAACUCGAGCCUGUGGAGGAACAAGCUCGGAAAUCACUGGAUCCUUUGGUGAGCAAAAUCAUCGACGGGAAGAAAACCUUCCUACUCGAAAGGAAUGCCGCUACGCUGGCCAGGGUCUCUUCUCAGCCGGUUGAUGCUGUCGCUGAAAAGGCCUGGUCCGAAACGCUCGAGGAACAGCAGAAAGGCUGGCUGUUUGAAGACCCAGCUCCGGACCUUUCGUCUGUCUUAGUUGCCCGAAGGUUCGGUAUCAUCCAAGGCGCCAAGACCAGAGUGAUAGACGACGGGAAGGCAGCCGGGAUCAAUCAGACCGUUGGGUUGCCUGAGCGUUUCAGGCUACACAGCAUUGAUUUCAUCUCGGCCUUCCUUGUCUGGGCCAUGAUGGACCCACGGGCCAAAGGGAAACAGGUGAAACCCAAAUUCUUCGGAGCGGCAGCGCUCCCCUUCGGAACGACGGGAUCCGUGGCAGGAUUCCUGAGAACGUCUGCUGCCACGUGGCAUAUCGGCUCAGCCCUGCUGGGCCUCUCCUGGUGCAAUUAUUUUGACGACUUUCCUCUUUUCAGUUUGGACGAGCACUGUCUUUGUGCCGAAUCUUGUGCGGAGGCCCUGCUCGACAUCCUCGGAAUAACUUUCGCAAAGGAAGGGAAGAAAGCCACCGAGUUCUCCAAGCAAUGUCGGGCCCUUGGCCUGAUUAUUGAUCUGAGUGAAUUCGGAAAUGGAGUCGUGUACAUCAAGCACACGCCAGAGCGCAUUCAGGAAUUGAGGCAGACCCUCACACGUAUUCUUGAUUCCGGCUUGCUUGAGUCGUCGGAAGCCGAAGCCCUUCGAGGCAGACUCCAUUGGUUCAGCUCUUUCCUUUUCGGCCGCCGGCCCUGCCAAGCCUUGAGAGUCUUAGGUCUUAGGGCUAAAGGUUUGGAUAGAGGUAGGAAGCUGAGCAGUGACCUUCGUGAUGCUCUCACGUACCUGCGUGAUCGAGCUCUGGAGUCGCCACCUGUGCAGCUCACGCCUGACAUCAAAGAAACCUUUUACGUCUUCACUGACGGAAGCCUCGAGGGAGAAGUAGCCGGCGUGGGCGGCAUUUUGUACGACCCACUCGGUAAACCUCUUUCUUUCUUUGCAGCCAGCCUUCCGCUUGAUGCCCUGAACAGACUCAAGGAAACUUCGAGCCACCCAAUCUACGAGAUUGAGUUGCUGGCCAUCUGGGCCGCUUUAAAGCUGUGGAUGAACCGACUUACCCGUUGCCUAGUAGUGGUUUACCUUGACAACGAAGCUGCGAAGGGAGCCUUGGUAUCAGGGAAGUCGUCGACUCUUCCUGGUCAGUCCAUAGUGAGUUCGGUUCUCGACUUGGAGGACUCAGCAAGGAUCCGUCCGUGGUAUGGCCGAGUGCCAACCAGCUCUAAUCCAGCAGACGAGCCCAGUCGAAGUGUCUUCGGUCAUUUACUGAGGGAAGGAGUGCAAAGGCUUCAAGCUCCGUGCGCUUGGCCGGUUUGA